AUGAUGAAUAUCUCUGAUUCACUAAUCUAUCGUAUUGCAACAACAUCAGAUUGUGAUUCAUUAAAUGUGCUAAUAAACAGUAGUUAUUGUGGUGAAUUGUCACAUCAAGGAUGGACUAAUGCAGAUGAAUUAAUUCUUCCGCCAAGAACAACUGCAGAUACAUUGUUUAGCAUGAUUGAUAGUGGUAAUUAUGUCUUUUUGAUGUUCUUUGGUGAAAAAGAUCAAAUUUUAAAAGGAUGUGUUCAUUUAUUUCAUGAAGCCGGAUCUAAAAUUGCUGAAAUAGGCAUGCUUGCUGUGCGUCCAGAUUUACAAGCUCGAGGUUAUGGAAAAUUUAUCUUAUCCAUUGCUGAAAAUUAUGCUGUAAACAAUUGGAAUGUUGAAUAUAUUGAAUUAAAAACUUUUAUUGACCGAUAUGAAUUAACUGCCUAUUACAUUCGUCGUGGUUAUAUUGACACUGGUCGACGUCACCUAUUUCCAAAAGAAAAAAUGAAAUUAGGAACUACUCAACGAGAUGAAUUAGAAGUUUGUACUAUGAAAUUUCCAGUGAAUUUAUAUGCUGAACUAUUUUGA